AUGCGAUCCCUUCUUUUCACUGCAGCCGUGGCUGUCCUCGCCCGCCUUGCUAUCACACAAACAAUUGACCCGAAUUCGGUUCCUCUUUCCACCAGGCAGGCCUGGUGUAACUCGCAAAUCUCACAAUGCCCGCUGAUCUGUCUGCAAGAGGAGGGCAACUCGGCUGGCACAGACUCCAACACCUGUGACGCUACCAGCCUCACUUACAGCUGUGUCUGCUCAAACGGCCUCGCUCCCAAUGCCUCCGAGUACUCUCAAACCCUUCCGUAUUAUAUCUGCACCCAGUACAACUCGGAUUGUCAAGCUGCCUGUGGCAACAACAACGAUUGUGCUGCUGCAUGUGUCCAAGAUCAUCCGUGUGGAGCAACCAACCCUACAAGAGUCAAUACAAGCACAAUCACCACUAUGCCAGCCACAAGCACUACCGCAGGCGCUGCUGCUUCGACUGCUUCUGACGGAGUAAUAUACACUGGCUUUGGUGGUGGUGCAGCUGCCACUACGGCGGCCUCUGCUGGCUCAGGGAGCUCGGCUGCUACAAGGGUAUUCCUGGACGUUGGCCAGAUCUAUGGACUGGGACUGUUGUGCGCAGGUAUCUUCGCUGGAUUUACCUUCAUGCUCUAA